CACUUUUGAAUUUUUUUCUCUUCUCUCUUUUCUUCUCACCAAUCCAAGAAUCUUACCAUCUCAACGUUUCAUCCGCAUCUAUCCUACGCGCCUCUUUGAGAGCCUCGUUGCCGAUUUCUCAUUUUUCUCCGCAUAUCGGCGCCCAGCCUUGCUAGUGAGAGGAGUUACCCAAUCUGGCAAACCGACGCGAACUCGGAUAGGCCUUAUUUAAGAGACUACUCGCCAAUAUCUUUCAACUUCAGCGCAGACAGCCCAGCACUUUUUCCUUCUUUCAAUCUUUGCAGUUUGGCGUUUUCACUAGAGGGAUAGAUUGUGAUUUUUUUCUUGUCUUUCGCCAUGUCAGCAUUCAUUAGAUGGUACAAUGGAAGGCUCGCAGCCCGUCCUCUGCUCACGCAGGGCGUGACGACUGCCGUUCUCUUUGCAACUGGUGAUCUCACCGCUCAGCAGCUCGUCGAGAAGAAGGGCCUGAAGAACCACGAUGUCGCUCGAACAAGCCGUAUGGCGCUCUACGGUGGAUGUGUUUUUGGGCCUGUUGCAACCACCUGGCUGGGCUUCCUGGCCCGUCGCGUCACUUUCAGAAAUGCCCGUGUUGAGACGUUGGCGCGUGUGGCGGCCGACCAGACGCUUUUUGCUCCCGUCAUGAUUGGAGUCUUCCUUGGCAGCAUGGCCACCAUGGAGGGGAAGAGCCCCAAGGAGCGCCUCGACACCACUUGGUGGCCGGCUCUCAAGGCCAACUGGAUGCUGUGGCCGUUUGUUCAGUUUGUCAACUUCACCUUCUUGCCCCUGCAGUACCGUCUCCUGUUUGCCAAUGUCAUCUCCAUUGGCUGGAACAGCUACCUCAGCUGGGUGAACAGCCAGGGCAACAACAAGGACCACGAGUUGAUCGCUGCCCCCGCCACCUGAAUUAUCCUCUUUGAUGAAAGAUUUUAAUUGCUACUUUUUGAUGCCUUUUUUUUUUUCUUUCGGUUUAAUGGGUACUUGUGCUAGAGGCGGGAAAUGGGAUGGGAUAGAUGAUAGAAGGCUAGAGAUGAUGCGGAAUGCGGCAACCAGCUCAGAGCACCUGCAUGUUGCACCUCACGAUAAUCAAUCAUAAUGCAUGACGACGCAAUGCAUUUUCGCAUUCAUUCCACUGAAUACCUUAUCUCUGAUCAAUGAUGAUGACAUUUCUAAUGGUGUAGUAAUACUGCUUCCUGUAGCGCUUCAACCAUCGAGUGCACUGACAGAAUCGGC